CGUCACCUGCUUGUCGGCAACGGUGUGUACUUACCUACCUAUCUGUACCUCAUUCUCGCUACAUGGAACUCAAUUCACCGAGGCCCACAUCGUAUGCCUGCACCGACCUGACUGACCCAGACGCAGCAACAAAGCCAUCCGCAACAACAAUAACAACAACAACAACAACCGUAAAACAGAGAAACAAGUCAUGCUGGAAAACCUCUGCACCCUGCCGCUCUCGGCGGACCUGUUCACGCAGGUGGUGCAUCCCUCCAAGCCUCUGCUUACAGUCGGUCUAUCCAACGGCCGCGUCGAGACCUUCCGCAUCCCAACCAACGAGGACAGCGACGACGACGAGGACGAGAACAGCAGCAUAACCGGUGGCAAGGGUGUCAUCAAGAGUGUCUGGAGCACCCACCGCCACAAGGGCAGCUGUCGCACUCUGACUUAUAGCACCGAUGGGGAGUCCCUCUACUCGGCCGGUACCGACUCCAUCGUCAAGCACUUCUCUCCCGAGACCGGCGUCGUCAUCUCCAAGAUCGGCCUGCCCCCCGUCAACAGUACCAGCAGUCAGAGCGAUACCCCAGCCAUCCUCCACACCCUCUCGCCCCAGACCCUGCUGCUCGGCACCGACUCUGGCUCUCUCUACAUCUUCGACCUCCGCGAGAAUGGCUCUCUGAACCCCAAGCCCGUCCGCAAGCAUGUGCCCCACUCCGACUACAUUUCCAGUCUGACCCCUCUUCCCCCUUCGUCUGAGAGCACCUCUGGUUUCCCCAAGCAGUGGGUUUCUACCGGCGGCGCCACCCUGGCCGUCACCGACCUGAGACAUGGCAUCAUGGCCACCUCGGAAGACCAGGAGGACGAGCUGCUGUGCUCGACAGUCAUCCCCACCGGCUUGGGUCCCAAGCACAUGCGCAACAACGCCGUUCUGGCGGUCGGCACUGGCGGGGGUGUCUUAACCCUAUGGGAUCGUGGCGCCUGGGAUGACCAGCAGGAACGCAUCUAUGUGGCUCCCGGAGAGACCAAAAGAGACGGAGAAAGCCUCGAUGCUAUUGUCCGUGUUCCCGACGAGCUCGGCUGGGGCAAGAAGGCCGUGGUUGGCGUCGGCGACGGCACCGUCAAGAUUGUCGAUCUGAAGCGCAGAGAGGUCCAGACUACAUUCCAGCACGACGAGGUCGAGGGCGUUGCUGCUCUAAACUUCGACUACGAGAACAGACUGAUCAGUGGUGGCGGCAGGACCGUCAAGGUCUGGGCCGAGGCGGGUUCCGCCCAAGAAGACGAGGAAGAGGAGGAGGAGGUGGUGGAAGCCGACCAAGGUGUCAAGCGACCGGCCGGCAGCGACGACUCAGACGACGAUGACGGGAGCGAUAGCGACAGCGACCGCCCCAAGAGGGAAAGAAAAAAGAAGCGGAGAAAGGGCAACAAGAAGGGUAAACACGGUGGUCCUUCCGUUUCGUUCCCAGGUUUGGAUUAACCAGUUUACAAACAGCGCUUUGUUUGGCAAUACCCAUCUCUUACCACUUUGCCUUCCACCGUCCAUUGCCGGUAGUUCUGAGCAUGAAGGUGACCGUUUCGAGAGCUGACACACAGGACCGAAAUGACAAUUGAUUAGCGAAACAACCAUCGUUACCCCCUCCAACCUUGGACGUCAGACAGCCUAAGGAGGUCUUUGUGGCCCGGACUCUUGCAUAGAUUAAAUUCGUGAGCCGGGGAUGUUACAAGUGUCGUGUCACUGGCAUGCUUGGGUCAGUUAUGUUUGCGCCAAGGGUGAGUUACUAGUCACCUUUAUUCUGUCAUGCCUGUGGCUUUCUAUAUCGCUGCUGCUUUGGGAUCCCACCAUGAACUGGGAAAAUCUUGGCCACUUGUUGAUCAAAA